ACGCCCGAAGACAUUUCAUUUGGAGGCAGUCGACUCACAGGGAGCACCUUGAAUUAACCGCGAGGUUUUUAUUUGAAACCACCAACCCCAGCUUUAAAAGAAACUGGCACCAUGGAAGAGUCCUCUAAUCCACUGGUCCGGCGGCUCGUGCCCAUGGCCGCCGCUCAGCCUGCGCGCGCACACGCACCUGAUGACCCCAUACUGCGAGGGUAGCUGGAGUCAUCCUGCUGGAGGCAAACAUACACAUUCAGUGUGAGGAGGACUUUGGCUACGAUCCACGACCCCCCCUCCCCUUCAUCCUCUCCUCUUCCCUCCGACUGGCACAGAGAAGAGUGUGAGAGACCGAGCGAGGGAACGUGGGAAAGUGGAAGACAAUGUACCAAACGCUGCUUCUUUCCUCCUCCCUUUUCAUCCUUCAUGUGAUGGGCACUCCGCAGUUCUUCACUCACCAUGGGAGGAGGGUGUGUGGCCGAGACCUCCGUCACAGCGUUGUCAUGGCAACAGAGUCGUACGUCCAGCCGGUGCACAAGCCCUACAUCACUCUGUGUCAGGGGCAUCGCCUCUGCAGCACAUACAAGACUGUGUACUCAGUGGCGUACCGGCAGGUGAGCAGAGCACCUCCAAAGCAUUUAUAUCCAGAGUGCUGCCCAGGCUGGCGGAGAUUUCACUCUCACAACUGCAACCAAGCUGUGUGUGGACAACCCUGUGUGAAUGGAGGUACCUGCUUAAGACCCAACCAGUGUGCGUGUCCGUUAGGCUGGACGGGGCACCAAUGCCAAACAGAUGUGGAUGAGUGUAGCGAGCAGCGGCCGUGCGCUGAGGAGUGCGUGAACACAGCUGGCAGCUAUCGAUGUGUGUGCAGAGACGGCUUCAGGCUUGCCGGAGAUGGCCGUUCCUGUCAAAGCCUCCUUCCUCCUCCUCCUCUUCCUCCUCCUGCCACUCCUCCCUCUCCCACCCAGACCAGCCAGGCAACAGUGGGUGGUCACACUGAUGCAGGUGGAAGGUUCACCCUGGUGGAGAAUGUGACAGAGGAGGUACAGAUCCUGAGGAACAGAGUAGAGCUCCUCGAAAAGAAGUUGCAGUUGGUGUUGGCCCCCUUCAGCAGCUUCUUCCCACUGUCGCUGGACGAGGGCUUGUCGGAGAAAACUACCUUACUGUCCCACUCCUUCCAACAACUAGACCGCAUCGACUCCCUUAGCGAGCAGAUAGGCUUUCUGGAGGAGCGCCUCGGCACAUGUUCUUGCCAGGAAAAUUAGCCACCGAACAUGACCCGCAACAUUUCCAGACAUCUCCAAUGAAGUUAAUAAUGCCAGAGAUUGUACGCACUAAGAUGGCUGGCGUUUGUAAGAAAGGGAUGAAAGCAGAAACAGCCUCAGUUCUUGUUACCCAAUCGUCUGUGAUUUCCACUAUUCCCAACAGCUUAAUUUACUUUUCUUGUUGUAUUACUGUCAAAUUCUUGAUUUUGUAACAGUACCUGUGGCAGGGUCAGUGUCAGCAUUGCAUCAUCCCUGUAACAUCUAAAUCACACACCCUGUGGGGUCAAAAAGGCCACAUUGGCCACUUUGUUUCUGUGUUUGUUUUGCAUCAGUGCAGCUGUGUCCUCUGUCAAAGCCCACACUGUCCUGAGGCAGACAUGGACAUCUGUAUUUAUCUAUUUAAAUUAUGAUUACUUUUAGUUAUUUCUCAGUCAAUAGACAGUUUUUUUUACCUAGUUUUGUAACAUUUUGUAAUAAAAAGUCUUAAUCAAAAA